AUGACGAGACGUAGUACGAGAAGGUACAUUCCAGGGCCACCACACCCCAAUUGUUCAAAAAGGACUGCGAUACGGAAUAGUACUAUUCAUCGUCUCCGAAGUUUUCUUCUUCGCCGGAUUUUUCUGAGCCUUUUACCACUCAAGCCUAGCCCCAACCCCAGAACUAGGCGGCUGCUGACCACCCACCGGUAUCAACCCACUAGACCCCCUAGACGUCCCUCUCCUCAACACAUCAGUUCUUCUCGCAUCAGGACCAUAGAAGGCCCCACACCAGUAUCAGCUCUACUCCACUCAAGCACAAUAGUUGUGGCAGGAAUCUUUCUCCUAAUCCGAUUUCACCCCCUCCUAGAGACCAAUAAACUAAUUAUAUCAACCAUACUAUGCCUAGGAGCUAUCACAACCCUCUUCACAGCAAUCUGCGCCUUGACACAAAACGACAUCAAAAAAAUCAUCGCAUUCUCAACCUCCAGCCAAUUAGGCCUUAUAAUAGUCACCCUAGGAAUCAACCAACCCUACCUGUCAUUCCUCCACAUUUGCAAUCAUGCAUUCUUCAAGGCAAUAUUAUUUAUAUGCUCAGGGUCCAUUAUCCACAGCCUCAACGACGAACAAGACAUCCGUAAAAUAGGAGGACUAGCCAAAGCAAUACCAUUUACAACUUCCUCCCUGGUAGUAGGAAGUCUCGCACUCACAGGCAUGCCUUUCCUAACAGGGUUCUACUCAAAAGACCUUAUCAUUGAAUCCGCCAACACGUCGUAUACCAACGCCUGAGCCCUACUAAUCACACUCAUUGCAACCUCCCUUACAGCUGUAUACAGCACACGAAUUAUCUUCUUCGCCCUACUAGGGCAACCCCGAUUUCAC